AUGGCCAAACAUCAGUUAAUGAUAGAAUAUAAUCACUUGGAAGAUGGUAGUGAUUCAUAUCUGAGAUCGAACAAUUUUAGAACAACACGUGGACAAAUUAGUAAAAAAGAGAUGAGACUUUUCAUACAAUUUUUCCUGGUUUCCUUGGUUUUUCUACUAACUUGGACAACAUGGCAGUGGCUUCCUCAAAUAUCUGAAUCAAAAUGGGCCUACUUUGUUAUGACUUCGUUGUUUUUCAUAAAUAAUUCCAUCAAUCCGACAGUAUAUUUGCUCUUCAAUACUCAGUUACGACAUGAAAUAGGUCGUUUGUUAUGUAAUUCGAGUGCGAAAACAGUUUCACCAACAAAUCGUGGAUGUAUACCAAUGUCUAAUAAAUUGUUCAAAUAUACAGCUAAAAAUCAAUCGACAGGAAAUAAUGGUAGUAGCAGUCAACAUGAUAGGCAUUGCAAGCCUUCAACAACACAGACUGGACAUGAAUUGCUAACAAUGAGAACACCCAACGUCAGUGAUACUGCUGUUACAAAUAAAGUUUUAGCAAAUUCAGCGGCAGCUUCAAUGACAAUGACAAUGGUAAGUGAUGCUAUCACGGUGGAUAAUAACGAUGUAACUGACAUAACAAUAACAGCAACAUUGAAAAAAUCGCAACGACAGUUGCUUGUUGAUGACAAUAUCAUUAUUAUCGAUAAAAAUGACACUUCAAUUGCUUAAUUGAAAUUUCGUUCUUUGUUUUUAUUGUGCUUUGUUUUUAUUCAACGUUCAAAUAUAUACUUUAUAAGCUUGGCUUUUCG